AUGCCCGGGUACUGUGUGGCCGACACUGACGGGAACCGUCCCAUCCGCGGCAUACAGGUCUGGAUCGGCAUCUUCUGCGGCGGCGUCAUCACCGCCCUCCUGAUCAUGUACAAGGUCAAGUCGGCAAUGAUACACACGCUGGGCGCACAAGACUGGGACGUCAGUGCCGCAGGGCCCAAACUCGCCCUCGCGCUCUUCACCUUCCUGUCCGUCGACAUCCUGGACUGCACAGGCACAUUGUACUCGAUGGCGCGGUUCUCGGGCGUAGUCGACGAUACGACGAGCGCAUUCCCGCGCUCCACGCUCGCGUACUGCACGAAUGCCAUCUCCAUCUCCUUCGGCUCCCUGAUGGGGACGUCGCCCGUCACCGCGUUCAUCGAGUCCGGCGCCGGGAUUGCCGAGGACGGCAGGACGGGUCUGACGGCCAUGACGACGGGGUUUGUUUCUUCGUCGCCAUCUUCUUUCACUCGUCUUUGCGUCCAUCCCGCCGUGGGCCACGGGGUGUACUCUCGUGUCGGCUGGAUGAUGGCCCGCUCCAUCGUCGACAUCAACCGGAAAUACGCGGGCGAUGCGCUCCCCGCGUUCGUCACUCUGGUCUUUAUGCCCUUUUCCUAUUCGAUCGCAUACGGUCUCAUCGCGUAA